AUGGUCUCGUCUCCCCGACGCUCUUUGAAACCCGCGGCGACUGGCUCGCCGCACCACACCACCAAACCCAGCGAACGCGAGCGACUCGAGGCCGAGCUUGCGGCCAAGAAAGGAGGUUCCGCGAACGGCAAGAAGGGACGGUCCUCCCUGUCAUCGGCCACCAAGGACCGCGACGUCGCCGGGCGCAAGGUCAAUACUGGACCGAAGGCCUCGAAGAAGAAGGAGAGAGCGCAAACCCGGUACACCGUCGCUUGGGCGAAGCACAGGAUCAUCACGGACAAGAUCGUCCGCGAGCUGCAUAACCGCCCGAAUGCGCGUGUUGCCUUCGGCCUUGAUAAGGGCGACAACGGGGAAAAGGUUACCUCGAGCGGCGGGAAGAAUCAGAAGGACUUCGCGCGCGAGAUCGCGCGGAAGGCGUUCGAGGAUACCCAGUAUGCUGAGUAUCCCCCGCACAAGCUGGAGACCCUUGUCAUCGGUCGCAUCAAGUGGCAAGUCUCUCCCUUCACCCGAUUAACUCGUCGAGUAUCUCAUUCUGUGACUUCUAGGCUGAAGACUCAGUAUGCCUUUCAUCGCAAGGAACUCAGUGAGACGGGCCACGGCCUCGUCGAAGCUGAUCAGGAGCACAAGAUUCGGUCGGGGUCGAAGAUCGAAAAUGCGUGGAAUAAAAUAAGCGCCACCUUUCCCUGGUUCAAGGACAUGAUUCGUAUGAUGGCACGGAGCCCCAGCUUGAAGACAAAAGCUGUCGGUAAUAGCCAGUCGGUGGCCGACCUCUCCGUGCUCACCAAAAAGUCUAACACCCAGGAGAUCGAGUCUUCUGAGUCGUCGUCAUCAUCAGACGAGGAUUCCGAGGAGGAAGUCCCUCAGUCUACGAUUGACGUGGACAAGAACAACAACGAUAACCCGUUCGUAGUUGACGACAACAAGGCUGGACGUAGUCCCACGCCCCAUUCCGCCCAGCAUUCGCCGACACAACCUGCAACUCCGGCACAGGUUUCCUCUCCGGCUCCGGUCCGCUCAUUCCCGAGUUCGCCUACGAACUGGGACCUGGGUAGCUCCCCUGCUGCUUCUGGUGCCAUGCAUGGUUACUCGCCCAUGGUCCGCCAUCCCUCCCUCGAGUACGACGAUGACGGCAACAUCAAACUUCCUGCGACGCCCAAAACCGCACGUACUCGCCACACAUCAACAUCUCCUCAGACACGCCGUCGGCCGAACUUAUUCGGCGACAAGUCUCCAUCACCUAUGCGUCGCAAACAGCAGGCACCCCUUGCCCCGCCAUCGGGAAAGCGCCAGCAAUUUAUUUCAGAUGUCCAGGAUACCAUCCGUGCGAACAACGAACUGGAGAUCAGGCGCUCACGUCAUCGUAAUGAGCGCAAGGCGGCGAAAUCGGCGGCUAAGGAGCGCCGUAAGCUUGAGAAAGAGAAGCUCCGUCUCCAGAAUGAGCUCGAACGUGCUCGUAUGGCGUCUCAGCAACAAGCAGCUGAUCGUCUUAUGCACGCCGAGCAGGCUGAAGCUCAGCGCCAGCAUGAGGUUCGCAUGAUGCAGGAACAAAUACGUCUCGAAACUCUUCGCCAUGCUGGUGGUUCGCAGACCCUAGCAAGCUCUUUCCCGUCGUCGUCGUCGUCCGUGUUUCGCCCAUUCCCCUCGCACCAUAAUAGUUACGCAGGCCCUUCAGGAGACCCAUUUGCCGUAGAUCCAGCCCUCCAGUAA